AUGUCAUCGCAACAUCAGGUAGCCUUUACAAGAUCUGUGCGCCAGAAUCUCUUUGCGAAUUCAUCGACCUCCCCUAACACUGGCUCAUCCUCGAAUACCCCAAUCUCUCUGUCAUUCACUCCACUCUCACGUACCGCUUCCGGUCGUCCCUCAGAUGCACCACUUGACCUCACACCUUCCUCCGGUAACGAAGAUUCCAACGACUCCAACAACUCCAACGAAUCCAACAAUUCCAAGAAGUCAACUCCAGUAGGCGCAAUCGCCGGUGGAGUAAUCGGCGGCGUCGCUCUUCUAGCCGCUGUAGUUCUCGGAGUCUUCUUCCUUCUUCGCCGCAAGAAGAAGCAACAGAACAAUACCACCGUCAACAACAACAUGCAGCAGCCACCCACCGCACCUCAAGCUCCACCAGCCGGUGUCCAGUACUACCACGAGCAGAAGCCCGUCCCUCAGCAACACAUGCAACAGAUGCCGUCUCCACCUCCUCAACACCAACAGCACUACGGUCAGUACGAUCCGAACGCACAGCAACCCGCGCAACAUUUCUAUGACCCCAAUGCUCAGUCUGCGUAUGCUGCGCAGCAGGGUGGCUAUGCGAUGCCGGAGAAAAUACAAGGUGCUGUGAAUCCUGUGCAGGCGAACCCGCACUAUUCGGACGGGCCAGUGAGCCCUGUACCGCAGUACUCCCCAGCUAUGUCGCCGCCAGUUCCAGCCACCAUUAAUGAGUUGCCGAGUGGGAGGAUGUGA